AUGCGAAUUGCUAUACUUACAGUGAGUGAUUCUUGUUGGAAUGGCACAAGAGAGGAUAUUAGUGGUCCAGUUCUACGGCAAUUAAUAAUUAAUUCGAAUAUCUUAUCUAAUUCGGAUGUGGAAAAUUUCCUGGUAUCAGAUGAGAAAGAAGAAAUUGCGCAUAUGCUAAUUAAUUUAUGCAAAACUUUCGAUGUGAUUGUAUCAACGGGUGGAACUGGUUUUUCACUACGAGAUGUUACACCCGAAGCAACACAAAAUGUUAUUGAAAAAAAAUGUGGCGGAAUAGAAACAGCACUUCACAUGCGCUCAUUGCAAGCUACGCCACUUGCUGCACUAUCACGGCUAUGUGCGGGUAUUCGUGGCUCUACGUUAAUUGUUAACUUACCCGGAAGUCCAAAAGCUGUUAAGGAAUGUUUCGAAGUGAUAGAGAAGAUAUUACCACAUGCGGUGGACCUUCUCACUGCAAAAGUAGUAAACCAGCAUCAUUUGUCAAAUCACUGA